AAUUCCGGGCGGCAGGGGCCAACGAUAUACCGAAGAAUAAUCUUUCGCGCGCAGGAAGAAGCGACAUGAAUUCGACCUUCAAAGUAACUUAUAAUCUUGGAUUAAUCUGUAGAAUCAUUUGUUUAUUCCAGUUCAUUCAUUUUUUUCGUGGUUCUUAUGCCAAUGUUUCUACGAAUUGAUCUGGGGAGAAAGAAGAAAAGGAAAAUGCCGCAGAAGCUCCAAGCAAAGAAGAAUAAGAUGAAAAUUGGCAAUGGUGGCAGUGUAGAAUCUUAUGUUUCCCAUUAACUCCUCGAUUUGGAGAAAAUCUGGGUUUUGUAGAAUAUACAGACAUAUAUACAUACAUACACACACAUAGAUACAUAUACAUGUGUGUGUGUUUAGUUCUAAAGAUCUAAACAAACAAUUGAAAUAAACCCCAAAAUACAGAUUGAAAAAGAUUUUGCUCUCAACAUUUAAAGGGCAAAAUUUAGGCAGGUCUUUUUUCUCUCUCUCUAAGCUGCAGAUUAGGUAUUGUAUGAAUGGGUUAUUUUGCAACAGAAACAGCGAGGUAUAUGGCCAACCAAACAAGAGGAAGACAUGGUCAAAAUAACCUUAAAUAUAACAACGUUAAGAGCUUCAAAAUCACAACCCUUGUACGUGAAGGACAUGAACCUUACAAGGCUAGUCAGACCAGACAAAGGCUAAGGAGAGUUUGAGAUAUCCAAAAUACAUAAAUAAAUCACGAAAUCUCUCUCUCUCUCUCUCUCUCUCUCUCUCUUCUCGCUCUCUGUUUCAUUGAGGGACAUCAGAAAUCAGACAUUAUGGCAAAUUCAUCAUCAGGAAUGGCAGUGCACGAUGAGUGCAAGCUCAAGUUUUUGGAUCUGAAGGCCAAGAGAAAAUACAGGUUCAUAGUGUUCAAGAUCGAUGAGAGGAUCCAGCAGGUCAUGGUAGAGAAGGUCGGUGGUCACGAUGAAACCUAUGCGGAUUUCACCGCUUCCAUCCCUGCCAAUGAGUGCCGUUAUGCUGUCUUUGAUUUCGAUUUCACAACUGAUGAGAAUUGUCAGAAGAGCAAGAUUUACUUCAUUGCCUGGUCACCCGACACGUCGAAAAUAAGAAGUAAGAUGUUAUAUGCUAGCUCGAAGGAUAGAUUCAAGAGAGAGUUGGAUGGAAUUCAAGUUGAAUUACAGGCAACUGAUCCGAGUGAGAUGAGCUUUGACAUCAUCAAAGCAAGAGCUCUCUAAAUCCAUCCAACAAAAAUAAAAACUAUUUUCAUUCCAAUAAAAAGUUAUAUAUUAUUUUUUCCUUUUUAUUUUCAUAAUGUAGUUUUUUAUGCUGUUUCUUUUUCCAAGCCUUUUCAAUUCCCAUCAGUUGCUUUAAUGGAGAAUUUGAAAUGGUAUAUAUAAAAAUUAAAUUUGUUUCUUU